AUGACAUCUCAGAACCGCCAGAGAGGAACCUACGUCUAUGGCGAGGACGCCACCGAGGCGCUCUCCACGGACUACGAAGCGGCAAAGCAGAGACAUGCCACUUUGUACGAUGCAGUCGCAGGUCGAGUGUCACUCAAAUUCUCAAAAAAUGAUGCCACCGGUGGCAGCCACAAAACUGCCUCUGGGCAACACCAUCUCGGCGACCCAGUCUUGACUCCCGAGGAAGUUCUAUUCUCCCGCAAGCGUGCUCCCCAGCGAUAUGCCGAGAAAGAUAUCUAUUUUGCAAACGAGUCCCUGCCCGAUGGCGGUCGCAACAUCCUCCCCGACAGCGACAUGGUCAAGGCCGUACACGGCUACGCGAGUCAUUUCUACGAGGCGCUAGGUCACCGGCGUGCAGGGGAGCCACGAGGGUAUAUUGGCCGGGUCAACGAACGAAGCAUGGAUGAGACGGCGAUCCUCGCAUUUGGAAUCCUUCUCGAAGAGGCCGCCUGCGAGUCCCUGGGCAAGGAAGGCGACCUGGUGUUCACCGAGGGUGUCGAGGACGGUGAGGACAGCCGAGGCAAACGGAAAGCGGCCAAACCUCCUGCGUCGCAGACUCCUGUUGGAUUCGAGGGCGAGGAAGCCUUCUGGAGGAGACCGUACUCGAGGAGUAGGAAGGUCAAGGACGAGAGAGAAUAG